UUAUUAGGUUGCUGUAUGCUGAGAUAUUUUAUUUUGGUUACAUUCAGAUUGAAGGCAUUAGCGGCGACGGGAAACCGUAGCGUGCAACUGGCUUCAGACUGGCUGCUGACUCAUGUGAACGACGCUUUCAUCGACACGGACGUGCCCCGGGAGUACAUCCUGUACGCCUGCCCCACCGGCCCGCUGCUCAGCCAGCUACACGACUUCUGGGAGAAGUCUAAGAGUAUUGGUGGCUGGAACGGUGCCCAUAACUUCCCACCACAUAUUACUCUGGUGUCAUUUUUUAAGGCUCCCGAUGAGGCAUCAUUGCAGCUGGGCAAGGCUGUGAAGCAUGUAGUGGAGUCAGUCGGCGACGCACCCACUAGUCCACUGAAGCUGGAGCCGUACUUGUCACACAACUUCAUGGGACUGUUUGUGAACGAAGAACAUGCUGAUUAUUUGAAGAAAAUUGCUCUCCAUUUUGUUAAAGAUGUAUCUUCUGCUUUAGGGGUAUCUAUGGACACCUAUGAGCAUUUGGACGCAUUGGGCACUUGCUUUCCUUGGUGUACUAUGGCACAGGAAAAACCCAUCAAAUCAAUAAGCCUGGAACCUCAUGUCAAGUCUCUGCACAUAACCCUGGCAUACCACUUCAGUGUGGCUGCCUUCGACACACUGAAGUCACUGGUGGAAGCGCUACCCCCACUCGACCACUCCGCCUGGGAGCUGCGCCUCUACUCCAGGGAUCCCAGAUUUGCUAAUCAUGAGGUACAUAAAGUGACACAAGACUACGCCCCGAAGGAAAGUGAUGAGUUGGAACUGGUGAUCGGUGACUACAUCUACGUAGACGAGAAAGAGAUAGAGAGCUCUCCCGACGGCUGGGUUCAGGGGACUUCUUGGCUAACAGGUGUGACGGGCUACCUUCCUGCGGUGUACACCCAGAGGACGGCAGAGGCGGACGCGUGGACGCUGCACCGCGCCAUCUCACUCGGACAUAACAACUGUUCUGACUCGAAGUCUGAGUCGGACUCGACGACUGACGGCGAGAUGGCAACAAGCUUCCCCCACGAGGACGCCGACAAGCUGGGCUUCGAGAAGUCAGAGGAGGCCUACGGGGACUGGAAGAAGUACUGGAACGCGGUCAUCGAGCAGAAGAAAACUGGCGGCCUUCUCGACAUUACACAAGGUACUAGCAUCAACUGGAAGUCGGAGGAGCACAACGGCACUGGCAACGGGGACGCUACCAUAGUCGCCAAGACACCUACAGAGACGGGCGACGCCGACGCCGGGUCGGGGCGGCGCUGGCACCUCGUGAUGAGGCACGGCGAGCGCGUGGACCUCACGUACGGCGCGUGGGUGCCGUUCUGCUUCGAGAAUGACACCUACGUGCGGAAGGAUCUGAAUAUGCCGCUUACGCUUGGCGAAAGGGCGGGCGGCAAAGAGGCGUACGCUCGCGACUCCCCCCUCACCCGGGUGGGCAAGCUGCAAGCCUAUCUGGUGGGCGAGGGCAUGCGGCUGGCGGGGGUCUCCGUGCGCCACGUGUACGCGUCCUGCGCCUACCGCGCCGUGGAGACCGCGCAGGGGUUCCUAGAAGGCAUGCAAGCGGACCCGUCAGUGAAGAUCCGCGUGGAGCCGGGCCUGUUCGAGUACAAGAUGUGGCAUCUCAGCAAGGGGCCGAUGCCUCCCUUCAUGACGCCGCUAGAGCUACACAAGGCCGGGUUCAACGUUGACCUCAAUUACAAGCCGUACGUAGAGAUCGACCUAGAGAGUCCGGAGACGCUGGACGACUACUACAUCCGCGGCAAGACGGCCAUGCAGGGCGCCGUGAGGGAUACUGAGGCGGAAGGUGGUAACACCCUAUUCGUCGGACACGCGGCCACACUGGACAUGAUGGUGGUGGCGUUGAAGAACAUCGAUGAGGAGCAGGACCCGCUGCCCUACCAGCUGUCGAAGCAUCUGGGGCGAGUGCCGUACUGCGCGCUCGGAGCCAUGCGCGACCACCCGUGGCAGGUGGUGUCGCCGCCGUGCCCGCCCACCAUGAACACCAGCUCGGGCCGCUUCGACUGGAAGGUGCUCCUCGACUUGUGAUCACCGACCGACAGUGAACCCGCCAGACUCGGAUCAGACACGUUGUAGUGGUAAAGCUAUUGCUGUUGGUCCUAGGAUGUACAUUGGAUGUAGGAUUAGGUUAUGGGUAUGAAGAGCCGAUUCUUUUUUUAGCGGCGAAGUGACAGGGGCUGUUAAUAAGACCCCCAGUUUUGGGUCGGAUGUUUUAAACUGUGCCUCAGUUCUAUGUGUUGACAUUUCAAUGACUAAAUAUAGGGGCUCCGCCACGCUAUUCGUAUUGAUAGAUCGCUACGCUCGUACCCGACGCCUUGUUAAAGACUAUAGUUUAUACGCAGAUUUGACGGUCCAAAAAUCAGCUUACGCUCUGCCAAUCAGAGGUCUUGUUGUCUUUAUAAGUCUGAUAAUAUGAUUGAGUAUGGUGUAUGCUAAUGCAUGAUAUGUUUGCCUAUGGCAUUUGUGGCUAGAAGCUAAAUAGUGAUUAUGGUUACAGGAAUGACAGUACAAUAUUUACCUAGUAUGGCAAGAUACUGGUUUGAUUUUAUCAUUAUCUUUCUGUUUCACAUUUAAGUAUAAGUCCUGCAUAGGCUAUUGGUUGGUUGUCGUAUCUGCAGGAUAAUCAUGACUUCGAUUAAAUACUGACAUAUACAUAAAAUCCACAGCAUUGCUCAUCCAUGUUUUGUAUUGAUCACUAAAAAUAAUUAUAUCCGAACAUUGUAAAACAGACCUUGCUCAUAUUCCAUAACUUUAUUUGUAAUUAACUUACUUAUAAUAUGUAUUUCAAUCAAUAAGAGAAAAUGUGCUUGCUUACUUCUUAUGAUAUUUUUAUAAUAGUUAAAAUGAGAACCCUAAUAUGGGUUAUGUUUAUGUGAAAUGUUUUUCUAAUUAUUCUGCAAUUAAUUAAGUAUCUUAAAUAUUUUCUUAAUUUUAUUUACCAUGCUUUUAGCAAGGUGUGUUGCUCAGAGUACCUAUGUGUUUCUUUUUCUCUUAUAUCUAUCCUGCCCUAAUGUGGAAAAAGAAAGACACAUUUUAUAGUGGCCCUGUGUCAUGAACUGACAAUACUCAUAAAGAAUUAAGGAUGGAUCUGAUGUGAUGCUGAAAGCAUGGAAAACUAGUGAUUAAGGAUAGUCUAGUUCCUAGCGUAAGCGUGACACGCAGAAAAUACUUAAAAAUGAGUAGAAUAUUCCUAAAAUAUAAUUAUAAUCUUCUACUAUAAUUAGAUUCAGUACCUAUCGUACCCGUACCUAUUAUAAGUUAAUUGAUAACGUAAUUUUUCGACGAUAUAAAGACAAGUGUUCUAUACUCUGUGAUGUUCCUGACUUCUAUUUUAACCGACUAAUAAUUAAUUUGUUUAGAUUUCAAUCAAGUAUUCCGUUCUAGUCAGUGGUGCCGUUUACAUAAUAGAUGACGAAUUAUGAUCAUAAAUAUUUCUCCUAUUUUCAUAAUUAUUGCAACCAUUACAAAUUAUUAUUGUCUUCAUUUGAAUAAUUUUCGUAGUGCAAUAGUAACAGUUAAUAGUCGUUGUUAUAUAUUAAUUCAAUUACCUCUUGGAUUACAAUGUACUAUGUAUUUUAUAGGAUGAAUGAUUAUUGCUAUUGAGACCACUUAGUUAGAUUGGUAUUUUAUUAUGGUUUAUAUUUCGUAGUAACCAGUAUGGUCCGAAAUAUAAUAUAGUUUAUGUAGACCCGGUAUUCAUAGACCUUGCAAAGAGUUUGUGAAUAGACAUAUCGAUUUUUUACUGAUACAGAGUCGAAAUUUGUGUAUAGCGCCGAUUUACAAACAUUUUGGAACUACUAGGAAUAUUGAGGUAAAUUUUCAUAACCUGUUGAAUAUAUUUCUAAUAGUCCCAACAUUAAUUCAAUAAUUAUUGUCUUUCUGUCUUACAUAAAGCUACCUCUAUAUUUAUUUGCUAUAUGUACCUGGUAAACUGUAUGCCUUUGUAGACUGACUAGAUUUUUAGUAUUUGCUCAUAAACCAAAAUAUAAUGAAUUACUUAGUUGGACGGAAUUUAAUGUCUAA